UCAAAUCAACAAAAGAAUUGUACAGACUGUCACAGGCUCGGGAUGUGCGGUAGCUCCUUUUCUGUUUUGUAUUCUAUUAAUUGACUUAAACCGUACGAACUGAUGCAAUCUUAAUUGAAUUAUCAACCCCGUAACGGUGGUUGCAAUUGUCCGUUCCGUCGGCGCUGGCGUUCGCGAACAAAAUCCGUGCAAUUUGUGCGAAAAUUCAAUUCCUUCCGCGAAUGCAAAAUCGUUGUCCUCCGCCAAACGAAUUUCAUUUCCGAUUUAAUUCUGUUGCGGAAUCAGUGGAGGAAAACUAAGCGAAUCCGUGAAAAUGAAUGAACCUUUGUCCGUGUCGACUUCAUCCUCAAGUGAUCUCACAACGACAAGUUCCUCGGAUUAUGCGGAAGUUUUUGAUUUGCACGAAUGUGCAACGACGGGCGUUGAUGUCGACAAUUAUUUCUCGGACGUGCUAAUCGAUCAAUACGCGCAGGAUGUGGUGGACUUCAGUUCGCAGUACGGUAGCGAUUACAGUAUUUCCUAUACGGCGCUAAACAUAACGGGGAGGCCUUGCAAGUACCCAGACUACGGGGACUUUCCCGAGACGUUUGCUAUGCGAACAUACGGAGAUUGGUGGGAAUCGGCGCCUUCUAGACUUCCAGAAAUAAGACCUCAAAACAAUCCUAAGAUCACUGCUCAAGAUUUUAUUGUUGUAAGAUUCGAACAAUUUGUGAUACCGGAGAAGAUAAUUCUGUUCGAAACAUAUAAUCCUGGUGCUUUAGUGCGAAUCUGGUCACAUGAUAUAACAGAAAAGUGGAUUUUAUUAUGGGAAGAUGAACCACACAACUACGGACCGAAAUCUAGAAAAUUUUCUCCGCCGCUGAAGAAAAUGAAACUUCCUACGAAAGUUAUAAGACUGGAAUUUAAUCACUCAUGUUUAGACUAUUUUACGGAAAUUGAUGGCAUCACUCUGAUAGGGCGCAAAUGCAAUGUGUUCAGUCAAUCGGAUUUUUUGUCGCGAUGUCGAAGAAGAAACAGAAAAGGUCCAAUUCUGCGAAAACUGGAGAGCCUGCGAUUUCGUCCUUGCUACAAGGAAAACCAUCAAGACUAUUUAAGAGAUUUUUUAGUGAAUGAUUUAGAAAAAUUUAUUCGGGAGUCGGCACUUUUGCAUGAUGACGGAGAAAAGGAAAAUACUCAACUGGGUCUUAGGGAUAUGCCGUGUGAAAUAUUACUAAAGAUAUUUUCGUACCUCGAUAUGAAGUCAUUAUUCCGCAUGGGACUGGUUUGCAAACAAAUGUAUGAGAUAACAAACCAUCCCUUGCUCUAUAGUGAAAUUAAUCUCAAACCAUAUUGGCAUCUGUCCUCCUCGGAAUUACUCCGAACGCUUGCGAAUCGUUGUACAUUACUCAAGAAACUGGAUUUAUCGUGGUGCGGCCUGUACGGUACAAUUUCUCCGACGGAAUUUAAGAAAUUCAUUCAACAACGUGGUGAUAAUUUAACUCAUUUGAGACUCAACUCAUGCAAAUUUUUAAACGCAAGCUGUAUGGAAACAGUUGGAAUAGUCUGUGAUAAUUUAAAAGAACUCUCAUUAAGAAACUACUCCAACGAGACGAAUAUAUUAAGUUUUUCGUGUUUAGCAAAUUUACGAAAUUUAGAACGAUUGGAUUUGUUCCGAACGUACAUUGAGACUGAGCUGCUGUUGACGAUGCUUGAAAACAAUCCGAAACUGAAACAUCUGAACUUGGCAUUCUGUGGGAUUGGAGUGAACAUGGACGAAAUAGCGAGCCAUAUAUCGAAGUAUAAUCGAGAAUUGGUUUCGAUUGACAUGUGGAAGUCGCAUUCGUUAUCAUCAGUUGGAUUGCAAGCGUUGUCAGUUUGCAGUCACUUGGAGGAAGUUGAUUUUGGAUGGUGCUUACGAGAAGAAGCAUUGCCUGGGGAAAGUCUUAAGUGUCUCCUUCGGGGCUGUCCAAAUCUGAAAAAGUUGUUCCUGGCAGCAAUACGUGGCAUUACAGAUCGUGAUUUAGAGAAUAUUGCAAACUUGUGCCCGCAGCUCGAACAACUCGACCUCAUGGGUGUGCUAGGAAUAUCGACUGAGAAAUGCUAUGAAAUUCUGGUUAAGUGCAAGAAAUUGAAACUGCUGGAUUUGAGCUUUUGUGAUCAUAUUGAUGAAGCGCAGAUAGCCAACUGGCGUGAACAGUUCCCUGUUAGUAUUAAGCGAAGUUGUGUGCCUUCCGACUUUUUUAUUUAAGCAAUACAAAACAUAAAUUAUUAUUCCAUCAAUAGAAUCUCUACUUUACAGAGAGAAUUACGAAUAGCUACAGAUGUUUUUAUCUUUCAACGAAAACUUAGAUACACAAGACAGACCUAGCAAAAAAAGAUAUUAUUCAAUUAUUGUUCAAUUUUGUAAUACAAGCGUAUAUAUAUUUUGGAAAACAUGUAAAAUGUGUUAUAGUGGGUUUAUUAGGAGUUGGUCGUGGUGGGUAGUUUUUUACCUGCAAUAAAUUGGGUGGACAAA